UCAAGUGGGCGUGGUGUGAAUCAGUUUCCGGAAACAUGGAGGCUGUCGUGAGUGAUGUUGUGGCUCCGGAAGACCUUAUAAAGUUCGAGAAGAAGUAUAAAGCAGAGGAGCAGAAGGGCUCCGUGUCCAAAGACACCAAGUUCGAGUACGCCUGGUGUCUGAUCAGGAGCAAAUACACCGCCGACAUCAAGAAGGGGGUGGUGCUCCUGGAUGAGCUGGUGCUGAAAGCGAGCAAGGACGACUCCCGCGACUUCCUGUUCUACCUGGCAGUGGCCAACUACCGGCUCAAGGACUAUGAGAGGGCCCUGAAGUACAUCCGCACGCUGCUGAGGAACGAGCCAGGGAACACGCAGGCUCUGGAGCUGCAGACGCUCAUCGAGAAGGCCCUGAAGAAGGAUGGACUGGUUGGCAUAGCGAUCUGCAGCGGGAUCGGUCUGGGCGUGGCCGGGUUGGCCGGGCUCAUCGGAUUGGCCGUCGCAAAAGGAGCCAAAUCGUAGAAGUUAAGCUCGGUCUUGGUUUUUGUUUUCCUUUUUCCAUAGAGAAGCACCCAGAAGGUUUCUCUCUGUAAUUACCAUAAUUAAACAUUCAUGGCUUCCAUCUGUUGGGGAAAAGCUGAAAGAGUUUCUUUGUUUAACUCAAUCUGCGCUGUGAUUGGUGUGUUCACUAAAUCGGGGGAGGAGUCCUAGUAUACUACGAUUUGAAUCACGUUGAUGUGAACUAUGGAGUGCGUUUGUAAUAACCGCAUGAAUCAUUUAAACAUGGCCGUCCCAUAUUCAUGACCCACUUUUGUAUGUUUCAAAAGCCUUCGAUAUGCAGCGCCCGCUCAUCAUCUGAUUAACAGUGUAAAUCAUUUCAGGGGGUGUUAAGGAAUCUGGUUUACUGAUCAGAAGAGAACAGCCUUUAAGAUGUAAACAGGAUGUUGGUUGAAGACCUUGCAGGUGCAAUUCAUUUGUUUUGGUGUGUUAGUUUUCUUUACUGUGCGGGGAACAUGGUAACUAUAUUAAGAGGGCAUUGAUGGGGAACAUGGUAACUAUAGAAACUAUGUUAAGAAGGCAUUGAUGGGGAACAUGGUAACUAUAGAAACUAUGUUAAGAGGGCAUUGAUGGGGAACAUGGUCACUAUAGAAACUAUGUUAAGAGGGUAACGACUUCGCUCAGGGAGGAAGGUCAACACGCUAAAGUUUGAUCUAAAUGCCAAAAGUAAUUAAUAGUUUUCUUGGAGGACCUUGUGUGUCAGGGCAGAUAUGUAUGUUGUGUAUAAGUUGUAUAUGUUGUCUGUCUGUCCGGUGGGCAAGGUCAAGUAUGAGACACACAAGUCCGACUUAUAUUUUAUGUUCUUUGUAAUUAAAUGUCUAACCAUAAGAUAUGUUGAUAGUUACCGAUUUGUUUAUCAUCUAUUUAAAUGGAGCACACCUGUUCAGUUAAUAAAAUCAUUCAUUAAAACAAAAAGGGUCUUGGGGAAUGAUUGAGGUG